ACAGGCUGGGCAGAGGAGCGCAGAGGAGGUGGCGCUCGCUCCUCUCUGCGUCCGGGACAACACACCGACUCUCUCUCUCUCUCUCUCUCCUCUCUCUCUCUCUCUCUCUCUCUCUCUCUCUCUCUCUCUCUCUCUCUCCCUCUCUCUCCCUCUCUCUCCCUCUCUUCCUCUCUCUCUCCCCCUCUCCCUCUCUCUCUCUCUCCGCCGUCUCCUCCUGCUGGAGAUAAUUAACGGAAAGCAGCUGUCGGUUGUUUCAGAGGCGAGGCGGCCGUCUGGCAGCUCAGGGAUCCUGUGUUUGCCUUUUUUCUUUCUUCUUUCCUCGGGACUCCGCCGACACGCUGCUGCCGCUGUUGCUGCACCGCCCUGCGUCCCGAGCACCGAGGAGUCGCACAGUCGCACGCCGGACACAACGCACCGCAGGACGGAUAGACAUGUUGCCGGUCGCCGGUCGCCGCGGCUCUCCGGCGGUUUGAAAUGCACUUUCUGGACGUUUUGGAGAUUUGCACCGUCCACCAGCAACCCCACCACCUCCACCCUUACUGCUCCCUCGCCGCACCGGGUUGCUCUGUGAUUCUCUAACGGGACUUUCCUCUUGUUGAACGGAGAUGUUGCUCGUGUCUGCGCUGAAAGUUGUGCGCUCCCCGGCGGAGGGCCUCUAACAGGUCCGGACAGUCCAUGUAACCCGAGGCGGGGUCAAAGUUCAGCGCUGGUUGGAAAUGUGAAAGCGAAGGGGGCAAAAGGAGGGCUCUAUUUCCCCCUCUCUCUCACUCUCUCUCCUUUUUUCUGUUCUUUCCUUUUUCACACACACACACAUACACUACACGCACGCGCGCGCACACAGGCUGGAGUUACAGUAACCCCCCCUCACACACACACACAUAAACACACCGUCCAGAUCUAAGAUUAGAUCCGACAGAUAUGUAUUCUCCGCUAUGUCUGACACAGGAUGAAUUCCAUCCUUUCAUCGAAGCUCUGUUGCCCCACGUCCGGGCCUUCGCCUACACCUGGUUCAACCUGCAGGCCCGCAAGAGGAAGUACUUCAAGAAGCACGAGAAGCGCAUGUCCAAGGAGGAGGAGCGUGCCGUGAAGGACGAGCUGCUCAGCGAGAAGCCCGAGGUCAAACAAAAGUGGGCGUCGCGCCUCCUCGCCAAACUGCGCAAGGACAUCCGGCCCGAGUUCAGGGAGGACUUUGUGCUGACGGUGACGGGGAAGAAGGCGCCGUGCUGCGUGCUGUCCAACCCCGACCAGAAGGGCAAGAUGAGGAGGAUCGACUGCCUGCGCCAGGCAGACAAAGUGUGGAGGCUGGACCUGGUCAUGGUGAUUUUAUUCAAAGGGAUUCCCCUCGAAAGUACUGACGGGGAGAGGCUGGUAAAGUCUCCUCAGUGUUCGAACCCCACCCUGUGCGUGCAGCCGCACCACAUUGGAGUUUCAGUCAAGGAGCUGGAUCUGUACCUGGCCUACUUCGUGCAUGCAGAAACCGGCCAAUCAGAGAGCCCGAACCAGGCCAGCGAAUCAGAUAUCAAGGAGCAGCCAGAAAACGGUCACCUGGGUUUUCAGGACAGCUUUGUGACGCCAGGUGUCUUCACGGUGGCCGAGUUAGUACGAGUCUCACAGACACCGAUUGCAGCCGGCACCGGUCCAAACUUCUCAUUGGCUGAUCUGGACAGCUCCUCCUACUACAGCAUGAGUCCAGGAGCCAUGAGGAGACCACUGCCCAGCACCUCAUCCUCCAGCUCCGCCAAGAGGAUAAAGUGCAUGGAAGAGGACGUGGACAGUCCCGGCGAGGAGUCCUACUAUACGAGUCAGGGUCGGUCCCCGGGCAGCGGCAGCCAGGCGAGCAGCUGGCACGACGUGGAGCCAGCAAGCCCCCAUGCUCCCCCCUCCAGCCUCCACUUCUCCUCCUCCCCCAUCCUGCAGCAGCCCGGCUCCUACUUCUCCCACCCAGCCAUCAGGUAUCACCCGCAGGAGUCGCUCAAGGAGUUCGUCCAGCUGGUCUGUCCUGACUCCGCCCAGCAGGCCGGACAGGUGGGCUUCCUCAAUCCUAAUGGUAGCUCCCAGGGGAAGGUCCACAACCCCUUCCUGCCGACACCCAUGCUGCCUCCCCCUCCACCUCCCCCAAUGGCACGUCCCGUCCCACUGCCCGUCGACGCCAAGCCGCCCUCUACCUCCUCCACUGAGGGAGGAGGAAACUCACCCACCUCGCCCACCUACUCCACCCCCACUUCAUCUCCAGCCCAGAGGUUUGUCAGCGUGGGACCCAGAGACCCCGGCUUUAACAUCCCUCAGCAACCACAGUGGUACCUGGGAUAGGGACUCCAGAGGCCCCUCCCCCUUCCACCCACCUGAACGACAGAUCGCUGCAGCCUCCUCCUCAACCUUUGACUUUUGAUGCCAGCUGCGACAGAGAGUCUUGUCCUGCCCCACCCCCUACAACCCUCAUCCUCCUCUGCGCCUGACUCCGCCCCCACCAGCGCCAUACACAGACUCGGCAGCAUCAGCAUGGCUACAGCAGAUCAAAUGCACCCUGACCCCGGUGUUUAAACACCCACUCUGUAAACUGUACGUCAUAGACUUCCCUGUUGACAUAUUGAUCAUAUGUUGAUGCUCAUAUACAGUGCCAGACCCCGCCCCCAAACCCCACCCCCCCAAAAAAACAGACCAGGCUGAUAAUUUCAGGGGGAUCGAGCCUUCAAUUUUUGGGAACCUCAAAAGACUGAAUCAAAGAGCUUCCCCUCCAGAGAAUCUGCAUAUUCACUCUUUGCAGUGUGUGCAUCCAGUGGACUUGCAGUGGUUCAAUGUCCUCCUGCGCCCACCAUCAAACCCCUCCAUCUUGGUGGAUCUUGAUGGCGUGGGGUUGGCAUGGUUGGGGGUAAAGGGCUGGGGGAAGUGGGAGGUGUUACCUGGCUCAAAUACCACCAGCGGAACCCCACUCCCAAUCCCUCCACCUGAGCCCUCACACACUUCCAGGGAUGGACUCCACCGCCAACUUGAUCACACCUCCCUGGUUGGUGUCACAUCCAGAAGGGAGGAAGUCGGCUCUUUCCAAGGACAUGGACCAGUGCUUAAUGGAAAGACCUCACCUGAUCGAGAGGUGGUGCAGGAGCAGAAACUCGCCCUGCCAGUUCCACAGUGAUAACAUGAACUCCACAUGGAGGGGUGGGGGUUAUGAUGGGGUAGGUUGGGUGUAGGCGGGGUUAUAAAGCAGGGGUCUGUUGGUAUGAAGUGUUGCUACCAGACGCUGGUGGAUCCAAGCUUGUUUAUCUGGGAGGCUUUGGCUUCAUGGCUCAUUGAUUUUUCUCUCUUAGCAGUCAUUUCAGCUGGUCCCUUCCUCUUCCUCCUCUUCACAUCCACCAGUCUGGGUGAAGCUACAGCAUGCUGAGGGUGGGCAGAAAGCUCUGGUGUCUGAAUGCGGCAGGCAGACAGGAGAGAGGCGAGUGACUAAAACCUAACCAGUGGAAUAUUGAUCUUGAGGAAAGUGCAAUUUUGUUGGCUAGCUGUUGGAUAGUUAAAUAUCUUUGUAAGAUAGCUCGUUGAAAUCAGUUGUUGAAAAGUAUAUAUAAAAUAUAUUUUUCUUCCUAGUCCGCUCACACCUCUGGGACUCUAAAAUAUUGGGGUACAAAAGACAACAACACAGCAUUGAACUAGAAACCUUAGCCUUCAGAGAAAUAAGGGGAGCUGUAUUCACAUUUAUUGUUUAUUUGUUGUUUGUUCAUCUUGUAAAGCUGUUAGCAUGGUAGAACAAGAAUCCCUUUAAGAAAUAUCAUUUUAAACAAUCAAUUUUUUAAAGCAUUACUUGCAGCUCGAAGUCUGCUUUCAUUUUGUCUAACAAAAAAAAGCUAAGCGAUUAAGUUAUUUUCAUGAGCACAUUGUUUGACUUAAAAAAAGUUAUUUGAAUUUCUCAAGAGGUGAAAUCAGGAGGAAAUAUGACCAGUGAAUUUAAAGUAAUCGUGUUUUCUCCAAUUUCUGUUGGCGAGAUAAUCUUAAAAGGGUUCCACCCGGUAACGGGCGUCCCUAUGAUUGGCCGGUCCUCCUGGAGGCCCUGUCCAAUCAGAAGCACUUAUUCCUGCAGUUGGCCAAUGGGCCGCAAGUGUGUAAUCAGGGGGGGUGGGUUACCGUUACAGAGGCAGAGCAGAGGGAAACUCUCUGGAAGCUUUCGUCCACAAACAGACAAGACAUCCGAGCGCUUCACAUGCAACUUACCAUUUUAUUAGACUUCAGUUUUGUUUUUCCUUUCCUAUACUAUAUAUAUAAAUAUAUAUACACACACGCGCACACACACACUCUUAUGACCAUCCAGCGUCAAAAGUGAAUUUAAGUGAAAAAAGUACAAAAAAAGGAAAAAAAAAAUCUGCAUGUUCUAGUGUUAGUGACACAUUUUUUCCAUAGAUGAUGUAGUUAGUGAGAUAAAGACACUAUAUUGUAAACCCAACAUCAGGCACUUGCCGGCAGCCGUCUUUUAGUUUUGGCCCCGUUGAGGCCUUUUCUAUCGCUCUCUUUCACAAACAACCAGCUCUCUUCGCUUCUCCGCAUCUCUCCAUCAUUUAAUUUUCACUUCCUUCCCUUCCUCCCUUUUUUCCUUUUUCUUUAGCAACAGAUCAAUUCUGCUUUUCAGCUCCGAGACAUCCUCUAUCAUCCGUAUCAAAUUGCACGAAAACAAUUGUUCCUCAUCAAUGUGCCUUGAGCUACGAUCCAGUCCUGGGAGGUUGCACAAGAUCCAAUGUGGAGACUCUUGUCUUAUUUCUAUUUUAUCCUUCUAUUUUGUUUUUUUUUCCUCCACCCUCCACACCUGAGAUUUUGUGGUUACCUGAAGCAGUUAAUGUCAAAGUGUUAAAGCUGGAGAGGAAUGCUGUGAUUUCCAGUUUAACUGGUUGGUCAUUUCUCAGUAUAAGAGGUCUCUGGUGCUGGCGCUGCACUGCCCUCUGCCCUACCUGCAGACCUGUGCCCCCUCAGGUGGUUACAUCAGGUCAGUCAUCUCCAUGUCUUUGCUCACAGGUGCCAGCACGAGGAAAUUUUGUGAAAUGAGAACAAAGUCAGCAGCUUAAAAAAAACGGUACUUUUUUAGCAGUAAAGAGAGUUACCUACCAAUGUGUAUAGCAGCUAACUAUGGUUAAUUCAGGUUAGCUAGUGGUUCUGUUUCGCCAUAAAACACGUACGCUAACUAAACUAGUUUAGCAAAUAAAACUGGUUUAAAGUGAAAAACAUUCCCUAUUUCCUAUCAGUGACUUUAGCAGAUAAAACAGUGAUAGCUAACACUUAAAAACAGGUAGCUUUCAAUUGAGUGGCUGACGCUCUGAAUUAGGUAAGCUAACGAUUUACCUUGACAGCCAAACUCUGUCAGAGGGGGAUAUUAAGGAAAGUAAAAAUUCUUCUAAAGCUCUGUAUUCAACAGUGACUUUUAGUAGCUAAAAAAGGUGAGUUAGCUAACAGUUUAGGUUAGUAGCUUACCAUUAUGAACUUAAACACAGGGUAGAGUUAACUUUAAUUAGCUAAAAGCUAAGCACACUGUUGAAUUUAGAAUGCUUAAACUAUCAACUUCAUUUUACUGAAACGUUUUUGAGUUGGAAUAUUUUAAACAAAGUCUUCUGAUACUCUCCUGUUCCUGAUGUUAUAGCUCUUUUGUUGGCCCCUAAAAGUUCAGUUAGCAGCUACAGUAGAUACAUGUCAGUAAGUUGACAUUUCACUGAGUAGAGCGGGUUGAGACAGACAUUUUUUUAAUAGGGUACGACUGAGAAAGAACUACUAUUCAAAAGUUGAUUGAACUCAUUUCACCAAAUUUCUUGAUGUGCCUGGUAGGAGAGGAUGGAGCUCAUAACUGUUCACUAACAGCUAACCCCCUAACCUUUCAACUUCAACCUGCGUUUUGUCUGGCAGGUUAAUUUUAAUUCUGUAAUCUCUGAACAGCAGAAUCUUUCAUUUUUAGGUCUUCCUGUUUUAAUUUUGGAUUCUUGUUUUUCUUCUUUUGUUCCCUGAAAUGAAAAUGAGGACAUAAAAUAUGCAAUACCUGCUUGCACUCACUUAUACUUUCUUUGUCUUUCAUUGUUUUGUUUUUUUAGCAUAUUAUUUCCUUUUUUUUUUACUUUCAACCAAAGUUGGCGUGCAUGUGACUGGCAUUGUGCUCUGUGGUCGGUCCCUAAAAAUGGUGAAGCCAGCCCUGCAGCGACACUCCAGCUAAGCUGAGCCACUGUUGCUCUGGGAAUCCUAAUUCCUUCCUUCCUUCCUUCUACCUAGUCUUCUUCCUUCCUUCCUUCCUUCCUGUUUUGAUAAACUACCAGACGGCCGCAAUACGACAUUCGGGUCUCUCAAAGUUUCUUAUUAUAUUAUUUCGUUGGUCACAAACAAGCCUUAAACAAGUCCAACUUCUUCUCCAUCGCGCAGAAAACAGUUUUCAGAAACAUUUCUAAUGACGUCCAACAUUUCGACCCGCCCCGCCCUGCUCGGCAGAGGUAUUAGUAAAUAAAUUGUUUACCUGUUCUGUGUUCAGUCCGUCUGUCAGAUUUAAAGGGCAGCGACGUGACGCCAUCGGCUGUGAUGGUUUAGUAGUUCCACUUGUGCGGGUUGUGUGUUUCCUCUUAGUGUUUGUUUGGUCUCUGUUCUUGCCUACCCUUUAGCCAUGAGUUGGGCAUUACUUCCUUAAUUAUCUGCACUAAAUAAGAGAUAAAUGACAAUAGUGAAAAAGUAUUACAUGAAAAAAAAAACUGCUUCCAGGGCUAAAAAAGAGCGAAGGGAAUUAAAAAAAAUUGCACGGACAUUUUUUGUAAAGUGUCACAAAAACCUUGUGAAACAGCCUAGCAUCUAAUCAGCGACUUUCGGCUGUGUGUGUAAAAUAACGACAAAAUUGCACCCUUUUUAAUGAAAGAAAAAAAGAAAAAGAAUAUAAAAGCAAUAGUUUGGGCAGUGUGUUGUUUUGUUCUUGUGUUGUGUGUGUAAUUUAGUUCUGGUACAGCAGCGAAGAGAAGAAGAAGAGUUAGCUCUUUCGGAUGGGAGGGCAGAGCAGCAGGGCCACUCGGCCCAAUUGGGAGACGUGUUUGUAUGUUGUAUAGUUUUAUUAAUUACACUGAUUUUAAAGCUGCCCUAUUUUAUAAUGCAGGACUUUUGUAACAUUGAUUAAAUGAGGAAAAACUAGUGUUGUGAAUUUUCUGAUUGUUUGUAUCGAGGCCACAUUACUAGAACUGGUUUGGUUUGUUUUCUGGGAACUGGAUUUAAGUUGAAAACUUUCCUGUUUCCUUAUUUUCUUUAUUGUUUUUCUUUAUUUGCUUUCCUUUUUGUAUGUAUUUAAGGACAUUUCCUCUGUUGAUGGUAUAGCAUAUUCCUGUACUUAAAAAGUACGGGGCGCUGUGGUGAUAAGACCAUUGUAAAUGGAUGUUACAGUAUGCUGUAUGUUUUGAAGGUUAUUUGUUGCAUCAGUGUUGAUGAAGCUAAAUCUAGGUAAUUCUGAGGAAAAAUGGGUAAGAAAAGCAAGCGUUUUUUAUGCAUUUUAAAGUUUAGUUUUAGGCAGGAGACAAUGACAUAGCCAGCCAAAGGAUGCCCCUACUAUAAAUGCAUCUAGGCAUCUUUUUUUGUGUUCACCAUUCCAUGCAGGAAAAUAAACAGCUUGAUUAUGCAACAUGA